UUGCACAAAGAAUGAUAUCUUAAAGCGGGUGUAUUAAUUAUGGCUAUUUAAUAGCCGACUUAUGUGUAGCAAUGAUCUUUUUUAACAGAGGACAUAUUGUACUAUACAGUUUGACAAAGGACAAUGAACUGGUUUUACAGUGUUAGCUGCAUUAGUAGAUAAAUUGAUCGAUUGGUUAGCGAUCCAAAUAAUACCUGUCAAAAAAUACCAUAGCGACACAAAAUGGUUCAGAAGUACAACGAUCAGCAGAACAAAGAUUUGGAUCAGGGUUGGGCUUGGGUAAUUAUGAUUGCUGCAACGGGAAUCAUUAUGAUUAACGCAAUACUCCUUUAUGCCACUGGAGUACUACAUGUCGCCCUUCUGGAGAAAUUUGAAGAAGACAACGCUUACACAUCAUUGAUUGGAUCAAUAUACAGCAGUCUUUUUUCAUUCGCAGGUCCUUUUUCCAGCAUCGUAAUAAAUGCAUUCAGCUGUCGAGUGGCCGUGAUGUUUGGAGGAGUUGUAAUAUUAGUCGGAUAUGGACUGAGUUUUUUUGCUGCUGUCAAUCUCAACUAUUUACUUGUAACAUAUGGAUGUGUUGCGGGUAUUGGCGUUGGUCUGAGUACGAUUCCAGCCAUAACUGUUAUUGUUUAUUUUUUCAACAAAAAGUAUGGUGUUGCAAUCGGUAUAGUAACGAGUGGAGCUGGUAUUGGCACAUUUAUAACAGGUCCAUUGGUGCAAUAUCUCAUCAUGGAAUAUGGACUUGAAGGUACUUUCCUUCUCUUGGCUGGACUCGGGGGAAAUGUUAUCGUCAUGGGUGCUUUGAUGUUCCCUUCUGACUUAGAACAUAAACAUAAAAGAGAAGCAAAGUUAAAUUACAGCAAAGAAACAACAACAAAACAACAUUGUUGUAUGAAUUUCGAUAUAGAAAACAUUCUUCAUUUUGACAUUUUUUUAGAUAAAACUUUUAUGUGUUGUUGUGUUCAGUAUUGCCUAUGGAGUAUGGCUUUUUCUAUACUAAUGCUCCAUUUGAUUAACUAUGCAAUAAUUCAAGGAACUUCAAAUGAAGCAGCUGCAUUUCUCAUGAUAUACGUUGGUAUUGGAUCGACUAUCGGAAGGUUAAUAUCAGGUCUUUCAGUCGGUUAUAAUGGUUUAGAUCCAGUUUUGUUAAACUUCGGAUGUAAUGGCAUACUAGCCUUAGCAACUGCAUGCUUUCCCUUGUAUUCAGACAAAUAUGUAGGACAAGUUAUAUUUGCUGUUAUAUUUGGAUUAUACUCUGGUGGCUUAAGCACAAUGAUAAGCCCGUUGUGUAUGGAUUUACUUGGGGCAAAAAAGGUUGCUAGUGGAAUCGGUACUUUAUUUUUCAUUGGUGGAAUAGGAUAUCUUGCAGGACCACCAGUAGCUGGUGCAAUUUUAGACUACAGAGGAGAAUACAAAGAAAGCCUGUAUUUAUGUGGUUGUCUUUUCCUCCUAUCCGCCAUUUUUACGCUUGUUUCAAGUUUAUUCAGAAGUCAACCCACUGAACACGAGGUUACGCUUUCAUUGGGCAAUUUAAAAGAUUCAAAUUUUAAAAUAUUUGAUGAAAAAUUGUUAAAUAAUUUGAACGUAUCAGUAGAAGUUCUUCCGGAUCAAACAGCAAUUUGUAAUAGGGAAAAUGCUGUACAUCAAUAUUUUGUUGCAGAUGAUAAAACAAAUGAACAGACCCCUUUAACAACAUAUUGUGCAACAUAAUAAUUUAGAUUAAAAUGAUGUGAAACAGUA